CAGGGUUGUCAGUCACUGAGGUGGAGCUUGUCUUGACUCAGACGUUUCAAGGAAAGAGAAAGAGAACGACUUCAUGUAGAAGUUGUGGCCACUGCUCCUGUACGCAGCUGUGUUCCAUGGAAACACGAUACCGAUUGACCAAAAAUGGCACCUGACCUGCUGGGGUCCGUUACCAAACUGUCCACAGCUGCUUCUCUUCAGAACCUUCAAAGCAGAGCUGAGCGAAGCACAUGUCUACCUUCAUCCCAGAGCAAAGCGGUUGGUCGAAUCCCAACUGACGACAAGAUGCUUCCAUCAGACAUCCUCUACACUAAACUGCGAUGGUUAUUUACCAUUGCUGGACUGUUCUUGUAUGUGGGGGACAUUCUGACGGAUAUCCGACUGGCAGUGAAAUAUUUUCAAGAGAGUCAUUUUGUGUGGACUGGCCUGACUCUCAUGUUUGUUCUGGCGGGGCUGCUAGUGACUCAGGUCUUCAGCCACACCUGGUACAGGGACGACAUGACCGAUGUUCUGAUGAACGCUGAGGGGAAACCCCCCAUAUCGGGCUUGUCCAAAGGUGGACUUGUUUUCCUGCACCUUUUUGGAAUGGGCAUCUUCACCAGGUAUUAUCACCUUCUGAGAAAGAGCUUCAAAGUGGUUUGGAAAUCGACACAUCCCUAUACAGUGGAUGAGAGGAGAGACGUGCACCACAAAUUGUUUUGCAUGGCUACAGAUCUGAGCAUGCUCAAACUGUUUGAGACUUUCCUGGAGAGUGUCCCCCAACUCCUUCUGCAGCUCUACAUAGUGCUGGGCCACGGGGAUUGCACAGUCUUGCAGUAUCUCUCUAUGGCGUUCUCCUUCUUUAACAUUGCCUGGUCCCUGGUUGAUUAUCGCCGCUGCCUGCGCAAAUCCCUCCCCCACAUCGGGGAGAUGCCCUCUGGCCUCCCCACAGCAAUCUACCUCCUCUACAAGCUCUGCACCAUCACCAGCCAUAUCCUCAGCUACACCCUGCUCCUCACACUGAGUCCCUACAGCGCAGUAGCCCUGACCGUCCUCUGGCUGCUGGGGACGACCUGGACACAUGCGCUUCAGACCAACUUCUGCUCAUCCGAAAGGCUUGAGUUUCUGUACCGAGCCGUCAUCGGGGUCAUCCUCACGUUCAGCUUUUUCAAUGUCAAAGGACAGGACACCAAGGUCGCCAUGAUCAUCUACUACUUGUUCUAUAUAUUGGUAAACAUUACGUCUCCUUUACUGUUGGCUUUGUUGAAGCCAGAGUUGAGCACAACCACAUUCUUUCUGACAGUCACUGGUUUAAUCUCUGGAGGAUCAGUGCUGGGGCUGGUGUGCCUCGUGCUGUACUACCACUUCCUGCAUCCCAUGGAGAAGAGGCGAGAGGCAGACGAGGUGGACGGCCCGGGAAAGGAAACACAGGCCACAAGGAGAAUAAAACACUUUUUACAGCCUGGAUAAUCUAUUUGUGGUUAUGGCAGUGCAGAGAAAAAUAUUGCUGUGAAUCUGAAACAACUGAACAAUUCUAUGAAGAAAAGAAGAGCCUGUACAGAGAGACGUCAUCUUGAUGUUGUGUUUGCAUUCAUCGGUGCACUCAAAAAACCGAUUCAAGCCCUUCUUAGAGGUGACACAUUUAAAUAUUGUUUGAUACAUUUAAAUAAAUCAAUUACAAAACGAAGAUAUUUAUAUUGAAUGGGUGUAACACAAAAUGUAUGAAUACUUUCAUUUAUUAGAUUUAUUUAGGUUACACUCACAAAAACGAUUCAAGCCCUUCUUCGAGGUGACACAUUUAAAUAUUGUUUGAUACAUUUAAAUAAAUCAAUUACAAAAAUAGAUGUUUAUAUUUAAUGGGUGUAACACAAAAUGUAUGAAUACUUUAAUUUAUUCGAUUUAUUUAGGUUAGAUGGUGUGCAUAUCAACUCAAAAUAAAUGUGUUUCAUUGAGAACUACCCUUUGCGCAUGUGCCUUCUGAAAAUCAGUUGUUUACAUGAGGUGAAGACACUUUCAUGGCUGUACGGUGGUGUAGUGGCUAGCACCGUUGCCUCAAAGCCAGAGGGCCGUAGGUUCAAUUCCCAGUUGGGGCCUUUCCUUCUGUGUGGAGUUUUCAUAUUUUGUUAGUUAGUUAGUUUAUAUUUUGAGUUGGACAAACAUAAAUUAAUUUAAUUUAAUGAAUAUCGUUAUUUUAUUUUAGAUGUAUUUGAUACAAAUGAGUUGGACUAACUUAAUUACAUUGUAUUGCACUGAUGUGCUAAAUUUGAGUUGGAGUUGCAUAUAAUUAUUGGAUGGAAAACCUGCCAACAAUUUAAUUGAGUUCAUCCAAUGAGUCAUUUCUUUGAGUGUAACAGUUAUCUUACCAUCCUCUGAGGAAAGUUUGAAUAAAGUAUGUAUAGAAAUUACAUUUUAUUUAUUGUUGUUGUAGCAAACUUGUCAAUGAAUUACAUAUUUAUUCUCAUUAAAAAAAUAUAUAUUUGUACUAAACCUGAUGGACUGCAUUGUC